AUGCAUGAGGCAUUAGAUGCAACUACAAGCUUAGAUAAUGAUCUCAAAUUAUUACAACUUAAUAAUGACAAAUGGAUUAAAAUUAAAGAAGUAAUAAACAUUUUAAAAAUGUUUAUACGAACAACAAAUAUGAUUUCAUCAGCAAAGUAUCCAAUGCUUGCUUCUACUAUACCUAUUUACAAUUACUUAAUUGAUGAACUUGAAAUCUGUUACAAUAAUUCCAACAACUCUUAUGAAAUUGCUACUACAAUAAGUGCAGGUCUAAAUAAAUUAAAAUCAUAUUACAUAAAAACCAAUGAUAUGGCUAUUUAUAAUAUUGCGAUUAAAAAUGAUAUUAAUGAUGAUGAUUCUCUUUUGGACCAUAUUUCUGGAAAUAGAAAAAGGUGCAAGGUUGAACAGCAAAAUAAAGUUGAAUUAUAUCUGAGUACUCCACAAGCAAACAGAAAACAAGAUGUUCUUAAAUAG